AUGAAGGAGCGUAUCUGCACUCAGCUGCUUAUCGACGGAUACGUGCAAUCGUACGUUGAUAUGUUCUACCUUACGCAUCGCAGCGAACCCCAGUUUACAGAAGCAGAGAUGGAGUUCUUACGUGAUCAAUUGGUGGCAGCCGAGCAUUGUAAGCGACGCGGCGAGAUCCCAGAUGUGAUGGCUGCUUACGACAGUCUAGCAACGUAUUGCACCGAGAAGCAAGAUAUCAAGACCAUGAUCUUCUUCUUUGAAAAGUGUCUCGAGAUUGCAAGACUUGUCAAGGACCAGAUCAGCGAAAUGCGCUUAUUGAGUCAGAUUGGUUGUGGAUACCACACUGCCGGCGAUUUGGAACAGGCUCGCCAAUAUCUGGAGCUUUGUGUAGCCAUUGCCAAGGUUGUGUACGAGCACGACGACGAUGAAGUGCUCCGUGGCGAAUCGUAUGAACAGUUAGGUAAAGUAUACGGCGACUUAGCGUUGCGUCACGAGCAAGCACAGCACUUUCAGGAGGCCAUUGAUCUGUAUAAGCUCUGUCUAGAUUGCGCAGUUAAGGCUCACAACCCUGAGGCACAAGCUCACUCGCAAUUUAAGCUUGGCACAUGCUACAACGCCCUCAAUGAGCCGGCCAAGGGACUUCCCUUCCUGGAAACUAAUCUUGCAGUAGCACGUCAAAUUGGAGACACAGAGGGAGAGGGUAAUGCCUGUGCGGCAUUGGCAACAGCCCACGAGAAGCUCGGAAACCAGCAACUGUCGAUUGACUUUCUGAAUCAGUACGUGGCUAUCGCUACGAGGGCUGAGAACAUCGUCAACCAGGCCGAUGCUUGUGCGCGCCUUGGUCAGAUUUAUACCGCUUCCCAGAAUUUCCAUCGUGCUCGAGAGAUGCACGACAAAAACUACGAGCUCAUUCAAGCUGUAGCAGCUCGUUCCGGUGACCGAUUGCAACAUAAUGUCUCCCGAGUGAGUGUUGGUGCUGCUCGGGCAAAUGACAAACUGGAGACGUUGCUCGGUCUCGUAAAAGACGAUUUCCACGGUCUCUUGGCCUGGAAGAACACGCGGACAGUGCCCACAACCGAGUAA